CGAGGCUUUAUGACAAUAAAAAUGAAUCAUUGUGACAAAGAAGUGAUGACAUAAAAACUCACCAAAACGGAUUUUUUUUUUGGACGACGUUUGGAUGAUAUCGACGGUGACGUCAUCUCUCCGCCAAAACUGGACGAGGAUGUGAUAGUUUGGCGAGCAGGAGUCCUGACAUGCAAGUGUGGAAAUCGGCGUUCUUGCUGCUGCUCGCGGCUCCAUGCUGGACGCUGCAGGAGGAGGGGGAAGAGGACGACACAGUGGCAGGAGACGUCGGCGUCCAUCAGCAGGGGCGGCUGGUGGAGCUGCUGACCUCCCUCGAGUGCCAAGAACUCCUGGUCGCCCUCUCCAAUCCGGAGGAAAACGUCGCAGAGCACGCCGACAGCCUCUCGCUGGAACACAAUCGGCUCCGCGCCAAGAGAGACGCCGCCUCGCUGCAAGACAGCGAUGCCGAGUGCAGGGCGGCCCUCGGAGCCUGGCUGGAGAAGUACGGGCCAGAGGUGUACUACGACCGCCUCUCCCGGGCCCUGCAACACAUCGGCAGAACGGACGUCGCCCUCGAGGUCGGCAAGAACAUCAACCAGGACAAGAUCUUGAACCUGCAGCGCUACGCCGAAGGAUAUCACCGGUUUGCCAGCUCCCUGAAGUCCCGAGAGGUGCGACCGCAAAAAGGCCAGAAGGGCAGGAAAAAACGGGUGUCGGAGCUGACGUGGCGCGACCUGGACCUGGUCGUGCUGCGGCCCCCCGUCGCCGCCUACACUAAGGGCCCCUUGGACGUGGCGCUCCCUCUUCUGUACGGCGUCCUGCUGGGCUUCGGGGGCUCCUUGCUGGCCGCCGCCGCCGCCCUCCUCGCCGUCCUACGCGUCGCCCGCUGGAACCGACGAUGCCGUGGAGCCCGGGUGGUCUACGACUGUAAGGUGACGGCGUAGAGCUGGUCUUGGUCGAGAGAAACCACUAUAAAGCAGCUCUGUAGGGGGCAAGAAAUCAAGUUUUUGCCUCGCUAUAUUGGCUCGGUGACCCUGGCGCACAUGGCCUUUCCUUUUAACAACA